CCACGCGUGCGCACUGUGACAGAAAACAAACCAUCAUGGCGCCUGGGUUGCGACUAAGGAAAGUAGGAAGCCUUGCAGUUUUGUCCGGCUUGUUUUACCACUGAUGUUUCUCUUAGCCUACAGUACAGCGGAAUCUUCCAGCAGUGAUCUGUUAUUCGGUUUGACUGGUGCUUUGUUACCCACUGAUGUGGGAAGUGAAGAAGGUAAGGUCGACCAUCAGCUUCAAGAUGGCGGGUCACCUCAAAUGCCAACUACAACUACAUGAACAAGCGAUGGAAAUCAUUCCAUAUAUCUAAGGUGAUUUCGGAACAAUAAAGAAAUCGCCUAUUCCUUCGAUCUGAACGAUAAGAGGUACGUGGGAAACAUUGUUGAAAGUUGGCAGUGACGGAUGGAAAUCUGUCUCACCGGAUCCGGAAGGAGCCAGGAGGUUGCCUGCGCCUGUGGAUAUCGGUAACAUUACGUGUAGGCAACAAAGUCCAGCCGUGGGUACUGACUAUUCACUUGUGCUGACUCCCAACAAACCACUGUCCAGCUACUACACAGCCAGAUCUACUACAUAGUAGGAUCUAGUGCCGAGGUUGUUGGAUCAGUUACGACGUCGCAAACAUCAUAUAAAUUGUGGAAGAGGAAAUAGCACCAGCGGACUGGGCUGUGCAACUAGCAAAAAGGGUUGGAUCUGUUUUCUUUUUUGUUUCUUUCGGACGUGGGUGUAGGACAGUGGUACUGCCACCAUCAUGACGUCCAUGGCUAUCCUGACGUGCCGCCCAAACUCGCACCCCUUCCAGGAACGGCGAGUUCCACUGACCGAGGCCAUGAAGAUCGGCCGGUCUGUGGCCAGGGCCAGACCCGCCCCCAAUAACUGUAUCUUCGACUGCAAGGUGCUGUCCCGGAACCAUGCCCUCUUGUGGUUUGAAAAUUCAAAGUUCUUCUUGCAAGAUACGAAGAGCAGCAAUGGUACCUUUGUGAACAACCAGAGACUGAGUAAAGGGUCUGAGGAGAGCCCUGCCCAUGAGAUCCACUCUGGCGAUAUCAUUCAAUUUGGGGUGGAUGUCAUGGAAAACUCCAGAAAAGUGACUCACGGCUGCAUCAUAGCACAGAUCCACUUGUACAACCCAGACGGAACGGAAUUCAAACCAAGAAAUGGCAUGGCUCCGGGACCACCUUUGCAGCUGAUGGGUCCUCCCAGUGUGAUCCAGAUCCAGGCACAGGACCUGUACCAGCUGCAGCAGUAUCUACAGGAAGCAGCCCACAGAGAACAGAUGCUGGAGAACAAGUUGGCUACACUACAGAGGGUGAUGGCAGAAACACAGGAGGCCUCUGAGUCCAGCUGGCAGGCACUCAUCGACGAGGACAGGCUACUGUCCAGACUAGAGGUACUAGAGAGCCAACUCCAGGCCUUUGCCAAGAACCAGACAGAAGAGAGCCUGCGGAAGGAGCUGGUGGCUUUGCAGGAAGACAAACACACCUACGAGAACACAGCUAAGGAAUCUUUGAGAAGAAUAUUUCAAGAGAAGCUGGAGAUAGUAACCAAGCUGUCUGACACAGAGCGCACCUGCAGUAAUGUGGAAGAUGAGUGCACGCAUCUGAAGGAGUCAUAUGAAAUGUCGCAAGAAGAGCUGAAAGCAUUGGCAGCAAAACAUUCAGACAAGUUGAAAGAUCUCCAAGAACUUUCUGAGAAGAUGAGGGAUGCAGAAAGAAACCAUGACGAGGUAACACGGAAGACUAACCAGGACAAAGAAGAGCUGGAGAAGAGGAUAAAGGACUUGUCCAGCAAAGAAGAGAAUCUCUUGGCUAAGCUAGAGGCCCUUCAGGCUGAAAAUGACUUCAGCAAAGAGCAGCUAUCAGCCAUGAAAACACGAUUGGAGCAAAACCAGGACUCAGAAAGAGAGAGGCCAGUAGAAGACCAGGAAGUUCAAGUGGACAUCUCCACUGUGAACAAUAACGAGGAUGAUGAACCAGACAUUACAAUUCCCAUCACUGUACAACUUGACUACCUCAACAAUGUGGAGAUGGCAGAUGCCUCUGCAGAUGCCCUCACAUCUCAGGACUUUACAGAGACAACAGACAGGUUGAAGGAAAUUGUGCAUUUUAAAGCAUCUUUGUUGGAAAAAGAAGAAAUGUUGGAGCAAAGUAGACAGAGGAUGGAAGAUUUUAAAGGUCAGCUAGACAGAGCGCAGGAAGACGCCAACACCAGUGCCCAACAAGUCGCUGACUUAGAGGAAAAACUAUCCAGUUUUGAAGACAGGGCAGAAGAACUAGUGGAGUCAGCGCUUACUGAAAUCAGAAGGCAACUAGAAGAAUCUAAGCUUCAGAAUGAAGCUAAAAAUGAGAUCAUUAAGCAGCUGAAAGACAAACUGUCCCAGUCUGAACGUCAAAACCUGCAGUGGUUGAGGAGGGACCUUGUUCAGAAGGAGACCAUGGGCACAGAGCUCAACAAUCAUGUUCACGGCAACACCAGCUGUGUGCAGACAGAGGAAAUGCAGCUGGAUAGCAGUUGCACUACUGAACAGGUGCAAAGAUUGAGAGAUGAACUCGUUGAAACUAAAGAAACAUUAAGGAGAACAGAAGAGAGAUUGUCAAAAUCUGCAGAACUGGAAGCCAGAUUGAGGCCAGUCACAUCUAAUUCUGAGCUCCAGACCGAAGAAACGGCCACUCAAAAUGGAAGUGUGGAUGACAUCAGCUUUGAAGACAAAUCUGAACUGGAAGAACUUAGAGCAGAGUUGACUGCAGCUCAGGGUGACACCCAACAACGUCUGGAAGAGAUCCGCCAGCUACGAGAACAGCUGCAGGAGGCCCAGUCUAUUGCUAGGGAACGCUCCAACCAUUGUUUUGAACUACAAGACCAGCUUAAUAAGGCUGAAGGCACUGCACAUGAUGUCAAGCAACAGAUCCUUGCCCUGAGAGAUCGCCUGAUAGAUGAAGAAAGGGCAUCCAAGGAAAAUCACCAAGAAGCAAAAAAUUUAAAAGAGCAACUUGAUAGAGUGCAGCAAAGUAGUAAGGAAAGCCAAAAUGAAGCAGAGAAAGUAAGAGGUCAACUGCAAGAGUGUCAAUGUGAGCUGGAGAGGUUAAAGGGUAUGCAGGACAACAAGGACAAUAGAGUCAGGAAGAACAAUGAGCAAGGUGGAAAACAUAAAGAAAUGUCCUACAAAGAAGAAUGCAGCUUGAGGAAGAGGAUACAGAGUCUAGAGGAGGACCUCAACAGAGCCAGGAAGGAGACGACCAAGUUGACCACUGAAGUAAACAGACUUGAGGCAGCCAAUCGUGAGUUGGACAUGAAAUACCAAGCACAGAAGGACAAAACAGACAACAAGGCUAUCGAGUGGAGAAUGGAGCUGAACGAGGCUCAUCGAGAGGCUGACAAGAGCAGACAGGAGUGUGGAUCUGCCAGGACUGAAGUAGAACUUCUCCAGGAGAAACUGAAGAACAGCCAGCGGGAGACAGAUAAGCUGAAGGAUGACCUCAAGGGCCUGAAGGUUGAGUACAAGAUGGUUGCCACCAGCAGCAGAAAUGUGAGUGGGCUGGGUGUAGACCGUGGCGUCACACAUGGGUUGAUGUACCUGUGUCUUGUGCCGAUGGGGAUCCUAGCAGCAGCCAUGAUGUUUGCCCUAUUUCCAGCCCUCCUGUCCAUCUUGUCCGGUGAGCUAUAGAGGAGGGGCAGACCUACUUGCAACAGGCAACUCCUGUAAGACUAUGUCAGAAUACUGUGAUAUUAUUUGACAAGAAAAUGUCACACUUCAAGUUUGGAAAAAAUGAUGAAAUUAAUUUGUUGUUCAUUCUACAUGCAUUACAUUUGUAAAAAUGCAAAGUUAUUUCCCAUCUCUUCCAAUGUCCCAUAUUCUAUUCCAAUCAAAUUACAGGUGCAUGAAUCCACCAGCUGAGAUGUGUCACUUGUUUUGGAUUCUUCCAGUAUUUAAGUAUUUUGUUACGGAAAGUAGGAUGCAAGAAAAGGAAGGAUGUUCUUUUGUAUUAUUGUGGCAUAAAGUUACCAUACUGCGACACACAUUAUUGUACUUUCAUUCCAGUGAGGUUUCCAGGUUUUUCUAUCCACGGUCAAAUAUUCAUAAUCCCUAAAAAAAACAUGAAUACUGUGUAAAGCAGCUACCUAGUGCCCAUUUGCCCCCUUCUGUUUUCAUGAAUGUUAACGUUGUAAUUUAAGAUUAUCCAAUAGUUCACUGGUCAUGAGUUUUAUCAGAUCACAGGAUGAACCAUGUGUAGUACAUACAUUGUACUUUGUUCUAUCCCCAAGAAUCUCUUCAAUCAUAUUGUCCAGAUGGCAAUGGUAAUGGUAGUAUCUAUGGCAUUCUGCUGGUCUACAUUGCUGAUAUAUCUCAGUAAUCUCUAAACAGAUCUGCCUGGAAAUUUUAUUACAUGUAUAUCUUAGGGUGUGAUGGGUAACUUUGCAAAGGAGCUUGCACCCAAGUUUCAAAUGAUGCCCCAAAAAAGAUAUUCAGUAUUUUUACCAACAUAAAGGAAUUAUGUAACUUUCUUGAUAGUACAUGACUGUAGGCCAGUUCUUGCCUUUACCAAUUGUCUCUUACCCUCCUCCUAUGUUUGGAAUGUGGAAGUCAUUUUAGCAUUGUACAGGUAAAGCUGCGUCACAUACAGUGUACUUCACACUGUGCUUACAUCAAUGUUACUGUAAAAUUGUUUACAGUUAGACUUCAGGCUUCUUCUGAGCAACAUCUGAAUCACAAUAUUGUGACUGACUGCCUUCGGUAGUGACAAUACCAGCUAUCUGUCCAGUUAACAAUUGUAAGAAAUUGAAUAUCUGUUAACUGAAGUUUUAACUAGAUUGUUGAUUGUAGUGUGUGGAAGUUGUUAUAUUCACUGCCAGGGAGCAUUAAAAAUGCAAAUGGUCUUUAAAAUGUACAUUCAAAGGCCCACUUUAUGUUUCGAAUUUUGCAAUACAAGUGCAAUAUCGGAACAGCUUUACACUUCAGGAAAAAAAAAAAAA